AUGACCGGGACCGAGCUUCGUGGGGUGGAAGAGGAUGAGCUCCGUUCGUCAACGGGAUUGUCAGCUCGGAUAUGCUCGAGUGCAACAAGAAGGUUGAUGGAUGGUGAAUGCGAGAGUUGGACGACAUCUCAGAUCUGUGCGUCACGACAGACACACUCGAGACUGAGCACCUUGCACUCACACUGCUGCUCUGCUACUCUUUUCGCCGCUGUCACAAUUCGCCAAAUUGCGCGUUCUUCGGAUCGCGGAAUUGGCAGUAUUUGGUGUCGGUCUGUUACGUCGCUCACAAGUUUGCAGCUCCACAUUUCACUGCAACUGAGCCUACUUCUUCUCUUCUUCUUCUUCUUCUUCUCCACCUCCUCCUCCCCACCAUCUUCGCACACGAUCCAUCCACACACGCCGCCAAUCAUGUCGGCCUCGGCAUCCGGUAGCAAUGCCGUCCCGCCUGGAAAACUCUCUCGUUCCGAGUUCCGUCGUCAAAAGGACCUCGAGGAAGAUCGUAAAGCCGGUCGUGCACCCGCCGAGCUCGACGAGGAUGGCAACAUCAUCAACCCACACGUUCCCUCGUACAUGGCUCAAGCACCAUGGUACAUGGACACUGGUUCGCGCUCGCUCAAGCAUCAAAAGAAGCCAGUCGAUCCAUACGCCGUCAAAGCCGGUAUCAACGAUUGGUAUCAGCGUGGCGCUUCUUCCUCUUCUUCAACGCAGGAUGCCGCCGUGCCCAAGAAGUUCCGCAAAGGUGCAUGCGAGAACUGCGGUUCCAUGUCGCACAAGACAAAGGACUGCCUGGAGAGACCGCGCAAGAAAGGUGCAAAGAAGCUAGGCAAGACCUUGGCUGGAGACCACAUGUUGCAAGAAGUGCAAGGGUUGGAUUAUGCAGCCAAACGAGAUCGGUGGAAUGGAUACGAUCCUGCUGAACACAAAAAGGUCGUCGAGGAAUUCGAAGCCAUUGAACAGGAACGUAGACGACUCAAAGAGGAGCAGAUCGACAACCAAACUUCGUCAGAUUUGAAGCACGCCAAGCGUCUUGCGCAGAAGCAAACCAAAUCCAAAGCAAAUGGCGAUGCCGACGAUCUCGAUUUCAGCUCGUCUGAUUCAGACGAUAGCGACGACGAAAAGUACGCAGACAAAGCGGAUGCAGUCGGACAAAAGGUCGACACCGACAAACGCAUGACCAUCCGCAACCUCCGCAUUCGCGAAGACCGUGCCAAGUACCUCUACAAUCUCGACGUCAAUUCGGCCUACUACGAUCCCAAGACGCGAACCAUGCGAGAAGCACCCAACCCCAACAUCCGUCCCGAAGACGCCGAAUACGCUGGCGACAACUUCGCCCGCGCCCAAGGCUCCGAAUCAGGAGCACUCGCCAACCUCCAGCUCUUCAGCUGGCAAGCGGAAGCCAGAGGAAACGACCUCAACCUACAAGCCAACCCCACCGCCAACGAACGUCAGUAUCGAGAGUUCCAACAACGCAAGGAGAAGCUUCGCGAUGAAACCAAGGGAAGCAUAUUGGAAAAGUACGGCGGAGCAGAACACUUUGAUUCGUUGCCGAGGGAGUUGUUGACCGGUCAAACGGAACAGUACGUCGAGUACAACCAGGCAGGCAAGGUUGUCAAAGGCUUGGAAAAGGUUACGCCGAAGAGCAAGUGGGAGGAAGGCGUGAUGGAGAACAACCAUACAGAGGUUUGGGGGAGCUGGUACGAUGUUGAGGUUGGUGGAUGGGGGUAUGCGUGUUGCAGGUCGAUGGUUUGGAAUAGUUAUUGUACAGGAGAGGCUGGGAUCGAGGCUAGCAAGGCGACGUUUUUGCCGAGCGAGAAGGUCAACAAGGAGGUCAAGCUAAAAGAGAAGGACGAAGAGCGAGGUAGUCACCGCAGGAAACGAGGUCGAUCAAUAUCUGUCUCUUCCGCCUCGACUUCGCGAUCUCGAUCCAUCACACCUUCCGACCACUCCACCUCGUCCCCCUCGUCUCACCAUCGCAACCACCGUCAACGACGACAUCGCCAUCACCAAUCCUCUAAAUCCCGUCGUUCCCCUUCCCCCUCACAUCCAUCCGGCUACACAUCACGCAAGAACCUCGGCUCCGGAGACGUCACCUCCCGUCUCGACCAACAAAAGCUUUCAGCUGCCAUCCUGGAAGAACGCGCAAAGCACGAUCCCGUCCUCGCCGCCAAACUGGCAAAGGAGAAACAGCAGCGCUACGACGCUCUACCCGACUGGCUCAAAGACGCCGAAGCCAUCAACGCUAAAUCCAAACACCACCCCGGUACUGCAGAUCACGCUGCAGAGGAUAUCACAGAGGAACAGCUCGAAGCCUACAGACUCGUCAACAGAGGUAACGCUACCGGCGUCAGCGAGGAUCCUAUGGCCAACUAUAGGGAUCAAGAGGAUGUGUAG